GUAUCUUAUUUAUUUUGUAUGUUGUAUGAGUGUAAUAAAAUAUUUAAGUACAAAAGCUCAAAACACAAAAGCUUGUUAGUAGAUUCAGAAGCUGGUUGCGACGUGUUAAUGUCUCGAGCAAUAUUGCGAGUUGCUUCUAACGCGAGGGCUACAUCGAGAGCGUCUUGAAAUGUGGAUGAAUUCUUUGCAACUAUCUCGUCACAGAUGUCGCGCACUGUCAAUCCAUGUAACAUUUGCUCGAUGAGCUUUUUAGACAAAAAAUUGUCGUAUUAGCAAUUUGCUGAACCUUGCUUUAACCGGAAAUUUCCCGCAUUUCUGAAUAUGGCACUUCUUUUGGUUGUUUUGGUGCGACUAAAAAUUUUAGCGACGUGUUUAGCUCGGCUCCCAUAUGCACACGAGCAUAAUCCGCAUACUGUAUUUCCGGGAUUUUACUUAGCUGAAGCGCCCACUCAAAGCGGUUAAAAUAAUCAGCGACCGAUGUUCCCUCGUUGGCUGAGAUGUUCCCAUGAGGCGAAGAAAUCUUGGCCAUAGGUGUGUUAAAAUAAAGGAACCCCGUGGCAAAUUACCUGUCUGGCAAUUGAUUUCGCUAAUUGAGCAAACAGCUUAAUUGAACAUGUCCAUAACGCGUGUACAUAGCAACGCGGUAGUAGUAGUGGUGUGCGUGCGCGCAAGGACGUUCGCCUUUCACUGGUGUUAGUGCGCCGCUGUGCUGUCAAAACGGAAUCGUUCAUUUGUUGACAUAUCACCAUAAACAAACGCCUACAGCAAACGCGUACAGCAGCCAGCGAUGGACGAAAAGUGUCGAUUAUGUUUGGCUCGGCUGGAAAAUCAACGCUCAAACGCCACCAUCGAGGAGGAGGGUUUUAGAGAAAAGCUUAAAACACUGUUCAGCUUCCCGAUCACCUCAAUCGAAGCAUUCCCAUCGACGGUGUGCGUGCAGUGUGAGGCAAGGGUGUCCGAUUUCCACACCUACCAUGAGCAGGUGAAAAGCAACCAGGAUCAGCUGUGGUCGACCCAGCAUCAGAAGUAUUUCGAAGAGGUCAAGGUAGAGCCCGCCCCGGAUGCCGACUAUGACGUGUUUGAGCUGCCGUUCGUAGAAGUGGAACCGGUUGAAGGUGCGCCGAAGGAGAGCUGUAAAAAUGACGAGCAGCUGGACGUGCUGGCCAUAGACAGUGAUCUCGACGAUGGGAUGAAGCUGGAGGACGAGUACAAUCCUCCGAGCAGCAGCGCUGCCAGCAACAAUAAUUCAGACGACAGUGAGUACGAGGUGAAACCCCGGAGGUCGAAACGCGUGACGGACACGGCAGACCGCACGAGAACGACACGGCGCGGACGGUCCCCGAAAAGUGAGGCAGGCACGAGGUCGCCCGGUGAGCAGAAGAAAAAAUCUCCCAUCGUGGUGCGGCGGGGCCAGGCGACGAACGAAACCAACCAAAAGCUGCGCGAGUUUUACGACAUGAAGUGCGAGAUGUGCGAGGAGCGGCUGGAAUCGUUCAACGCACUGAAGAAACACUACUAUCAAACGCACCGAACGCGCGGCUACAUCAAGUGCUGCGGGCGCACGUUCUACAAACAGUACCGGUUACUGGAGCAUCUGUCCUACCACGUCGGCUCGAGCAUGGUGCGGUGCGAGGAGUGCAACAAAACGUUCAGCAGCCGAAGCUACCUGCUGGUGCACAGGAGCCGCGUCCACGGGCAGCCUGAAGAUCGGCCGUACAAGUGCACCCAGUGCCAUCAGUCGUACGCGUUGGAGUGCCACCUGAAGGCGCACAUCGUGUCGCACGUGCGGGUCAACUGUACGAUCUGCGGGAAGGAGCUGGCGAGUGCGCAUUCCCUCCGCACGCACAUGAUCAACAUGCACGGCAACAGGGAGAACCACAUCUGCGACAGCUGCGGGCGCGAGUUCCGCAGCCGGCCGGCGUUCGAGCGGCACGUUAAGCAACACCUCGGGCUGGAGGUGACCAAACAGAUGCAGUGCGAGGUGUGCCACAAGUGGCUCAACAGCAAGCGAGCGCUCAAGGUGCACCUACAGCUGGUGCACAUGGAGGCGGGCCAAACGUUCCAGUGCGAUAUCUGCUCGCAGCAGUACCCGAACAGCCGGGCGCUGGCCAACCACAAGCAGUGCGUGCACGUGGAGGAGCGGUUUAAGUGUGAGGAGUGCGGCAAGCUGUUCAAGCGGCAGCUCUACCUGAAGGAGCACGUGGCCGCCCUGCACACCCGCAAACCGCUCUACUCCUGCGAGGUGUGCGGUGCUACAUUCAACUCGAACGCGAACAAAUACUCCCACCGCAAGAACAAACAUCCGGUGGAGUGGGAAGAGCGCCGGAAACAGCAGCAGCAGCAGCAGCAGCAGCAACAGCAGCAGGAACAGGCAGUUAGUUUGUAAAAUAGGCUUAGCUUAGCUUCUCUAUGUAGCGCACAUACUAAUAUUCCCAACUCCCAUCAUAAGUUAGGUGUCACGUAUGGAUUUAAGAAAGUUUAAGGUCGAAUGCUAUUUAACUAUACAAAAUCGUGAUUUUCUAGUGCAAUGAUACACAUUUGUAUGCUGGUCAUGUGAGUGGAAUUACACCGAACAGUUCCACUUUGUGAAAUGGUUUUAGACCUGUCCACAAGAACAAGAGGUCCCGACUGAGAUGGUUCCACAAUGGGAGUUGAUUCGGAGAUAAUGCUUCGGUGGGAAAGAUGCAUCAUUAUUUAACAAAACUGUCAACAGAUGCACAAAUUAAGCAACCACAAAAAAGGAUUUUCAAUUACAAUUGAAAAAUAAAAUGAAAAAAUCACAU